CUAGUCUACUAAUGAUGCGGCUGUGGCUGCCUUCAUACUAUCUGUGUCACUACAACUCGCCUCUCUCAGGACUAAAUCUGAGGAUGCCAGCUGGAAAACAAACUGAAAAUGAGAGGAGAAUGAUGUUUCAAGGUGAAUGCUGACCAGGAUAAGUGUUUUCCAUUCCAACAAAUUGUGCCUGUCAUGUGAGAACAUUUAUUUUACUCUCACCACUGUAGUCUCACAGACCUGCCUGCAUCUACAGUAUAACCAUAAUGCAGCAUCCACAAGAUAUCGAUCACGACUACCAGGCUAAGCUGCUUAUGAGAGGACCUUCAGAGAACUGUACAACCACUCCCCCUCCCCUUGGUGCCCCACACCCCCUAAAGGAAAACCUGUUCCACUCCCCUGGUCUACCUGUGUCCCACCCUUAAUCCCCCGCCUCCCCACUGGACUUAAAAGAAAACUUAGAGAGGAGAUAUAUAUAUAUGAUGGCGGUCUUGAGAGUUAAGUUCACAAAGACCAAGAGGGACAAGCUGGCCCAGGUGCUGUGGAUCCUGAACUGGAUCUCAGUGGUGACAGGGGCCAUCCUGUUCAGCCUGGGGAUCUUCCUCAAGGUGGAGAUCAACAAGCGAGAAGAGCUGAUGGCUGAAAGGGACAUCCAGUAUGUGCCCAACAUGCUGAUUGCCGUUGGCCUCAUCGCCUGUGCCAUAAACUUCCUGGGUGGGAAGAUCUGCUACGACUGCGUGGACACCACCAAGUUCUUGCGCUGGAAGCUGAUCAUGCUGCCCUACAUCAUAUGCACCUUCUUCUUCACCUUCUGUGUGCUGGUGGGUGCUCUGAUGUGUUACAGCAUGCGUGGGGAGCUAGAGGAGUCUCUGAACCUGGGACUGACAGAGGCUAUGAGGUUCUAUAAGGACACAGACACACCAGGACGAUGUUUCCUGAAGCGCACUGUGGACAUGCUGCAGAUAGAGUUCCAGUGCUGUGGAAACAAUGGCUAUAAAGACUGGUUUCAAAUCCAGUGGAUCAGCAAACGAUACCUGGAUAUGUCCCAAAAAGAGGUGGUGGACCGCUUAAGAAGUAACGUGGAGGGGAAGUACCUGAUGGACGGAGUCCCCUUCAGCUGCUGCAACAUCAAUUCCCCACGGCCCUGCAUCCAGCAGCAGAUCACCAACAACUCCGCUCACUUCAACUACGAGCACCAGACGGAGGAGCUGAACCUGUGGAUGAAAGGGUGUCGCCAGGCGCUGCUGGAGUACUACACCCACAUCAUGCAGUCCAUUGGCCUCACGGUCCUCAUCACCUGGCUGUUUGAGCUCUCAGUGUUGACAGGGGUUCGUUUCCUCCAGACCUCUCUGGAAAAUGUGCUGAGACAGGGCGACCCCAACUCUGAGUCUGACGGCUGGCUGCUGGAAAACAGCUUUAUGGAAACGGCCCGCACCAACCUGAACAUCAUCAAGAGCCUUGGCAAGAGCAACCACAUAGACAUAGCCAACAAUGGAGACCCCAACAUUAAUGUUCCCUCCACCUCUAAAGCACACUAUGGGCCAGACAAUGUGCCACCAAAGCAAACACCUGAAGCCAGUUGACCUUUCUCAGUGAACAGCAUCCCUAAAGGGCUAAAUACUUAAAAAGAGUUGUUGACAUUACAUUUAUUGUUUUUUAUCCGUAUGAGUCAGGUCAGGAAUUACAACUGAGAAAUCCCUAUACAAAGGUGUUUGUGGAAAAUAAAAUAUAUUGUGUGAAAUAUCACACAAUAUGUGAUAACUUUCCUUGAAUGACAGGGUACAUCUUUUCCAAAAUGUAGAUAAUGCCUUGUUGACUUUUUACAAAAUACAUAUUCCUUUUUCCAUUGAUUCAAACAGCAUAACAUAAAUCAUAAAUCAUCACAAAUGUACAUAUUUUUCUGAACAUCUGUACACAUCUGUACUGUAAUUUGUUGUUUACAAAUGAUAUCUUGUUGCCUGUGUGUCAUGUGGUUUUGCAACAGUUGUCCAAAACUGUUUCGUACACCUGUCAGUUGCAACAUUGACUGAGUCAAAAUGAGCUUGACAUAUUAUUGUUUGAUGAACACAAAUUAGUGAUGUGGGUCAGAGGUUGAAGCCCACAAUUAUGCCUGAUUUUGCCUCAAAUGCAGUCAAAGAGUUUGGAAUUACUCUAGCAAGAAUUUGUAGGAUAUGAUUAAAAUUAACUUCCACAAAUCAAGGGGCAGGAUGAUUUGGCCUCAAGUUAAAUAGGUCUUGCAGAAUAAAAUUGGUUCUGGGUGUCUGGAUCAGUAGUAAAAUUUUUGGAUCCCUUCUGUGCAUUUUACCUGACUUUAGCAACUGUACCAAUGGUAGUAAACAAUGGCAUAAAUACUGUAUGUUCUUGCUUUCAUAUUAGUUACAAGCACAUAACCAGACAGAAAUCUAAUUUUAAACACAUUAUAAUCCAUUUUCUAGAACAUUUGAGUUGUCACUACAAUGGAUCUCAUGUGCCUCAGCAAUGCCACCAUGGUCUUAUCUUAAAACACCUCAGUUAUUUUCACUGGGAUGAGCUACCAAAAACUUGACAACAAACCUUCUGAGCUGGUGAUGACUGGGUUUUAUUGUUUGUGAUUGUUUUGUUAGGGCUGCAAACCAGUACAUUGCAAACUAGGCUACUAUAUCUUACUUUGUUUUAAUGAUAAAGCCUUCAACAUAUUGGCUGGUGGCAGGGUCUUGUCUGUUGGUCAAAGGAACUCUCUGCUUUCUCUGCCUUUUCAGAAAUUAUACAGCACUGGCAGCUGAGAGGGCAAAUUAAAGCUUAAGCAUUUGGGGGGGAAAGGAAACUUGGAGGUUGCUAAAUUAAAGCAUGUAAGUUAAUAAAGUUUUCAUUCUGGCUAUGAGACAAUGUGUUAAAAUGCACAAAUCAUGUGAAAGUAUCAGUCUUGUGAAAUAAGAGAAUGCUGCCUAUUUUUGACUCAUUCUAGGCUCUUACUUGAUGGAUAAAACAAUAUUGAUGGGGGGAAAUGGUUAAUUUAUUCUAUGGGUGAGCAACAUGAAAUGAGAUUUUGUUCCAUUAUCAUGAAACAAAUAUAAUUCCAUAACACAUUAGAUUUUUAUAAAUUGUGACACCAGUCACCUAAUUCAGGGCACAAGAGCAGUUCAUCCAUAUAUAGGCUAGUGUCUUUAUUUCACAGCCUGGAAGUCAUCUAGUACUGUCAAACAACACAAAAAGGAGCAAGUUUUCUAUUCACACUUUUUUUUUCCUGAAAAGGCUGAGCAAUAAUGACUGGAGUAACUGAGAAGAUAUCAUAUACUACCUUAGAUUUUUUUUCAAUAAAAAGUACUUUUCUUUCUUAAAUAGCA